GCAGUUUCAGACAUCUCUCCUACAGAGUCAUAGCAUAGUAUGGACGUUCUCAAUUCAAAUGUCGGUUCUGUAGAUGAUAGUAAGAAGAAAGCGAAUAAAUAUAUUUAUAACAUAAGUGACUUAGUUAACAUUAACCUAGAAAUAUACCGUUAUAUUAGCGUUACAUUUCAAGAGCGGUACGAUUGUCGGUCAUUGUAAUGUUAUAAUGACUGUGAUUCCGUGCAGCAUAUAUACGUGCACUCAUACAUUAGUGGCUCGAUAUAGUUAGAUUAUAAUACAGUUAUUCACGUUGGCGACCAUGUCGCUUCCAGCCCUUCAUAACACGAGUGUGUUUUACCGGAGGAUCCUGGCUCAGUUUCCGCAGGACAUAAGUCUUGCUUUUGCAUAUGGAUCUGGCGUGUUUAAACAGUCUGGCACCACCCAAGGUGAAAUGGGGAAAAACAUGCUGGACUUCAUAUUUUCUGUGGAUGAUCCAGUCACCUGGCACACGAUGAAUCUAAUGCAGAACCGAAAGCAUUACUCUUUCCUGAAGUACCUUGGACCCAAGAAAAUCAGCAGUAUUCAGAAUGAUCAUGGUGCUGGGGUUUAUUACAACACUCUAGUUCCAGCUGAUGGAAGGAUAAUAAAGUAUGGUAUCAUCAGCACUGAUACCCUGAUUGAAGACCUGCUCUACUGGAAGACCUUGUACAUUGCUGGCAGACUGCACAAACCUGCCAAAAUACUUCUCCAGAAUGAUAAUGGGAAGCUCCGGGCCGCCCUGGUGGCCAAUCUGAAAAGUGCGGUCACUGCCUCCUUCCUCAUGCUGCCGGAAAGCUUCUCCGAGGAGGACCUCUUCAUGCAGAUCGCUGGGCUGUCGUACUCGGGGGAUUUCAGGAUGGUGCUUGGUGAGGACAAAUCCAAAGUUUUCAACAUUGUUAGGGAGAACAUGCAGAACUUCCAGCUUCUCUACAGCAGAAUUCUCCAGGAAUGCCCACAGGUGGUCUACAAGCCACAGCAGGGGAAGCUCGAGGUUGACAAGAGUCCUGAAGGCCAGUUUACCCAGCUGAUGGCUCUGCCCAGGACCCUGCAGCAGAGGAUCACCCACCUGAUGGACCCGCCUGGGAAGAACCACGAUGUGGAGGAGAUCCUACUGCAGGUGGCCCAGGACCCAGACUGUGGAACUGUGGUACAGCAAGGAAUCUCAUCGAUAGUCAAAUCGUCCAGCAUCACGCAGAGUCUGAAGGGUAUCGCCACCGCAGGACUGAUGAAAACAGUCUCAUACAGUGCAAAGAAGGUCCAGAAGAUGUGGAAAGGGUGGAGGAGGAGGACGUGAUACUGGAGCCACCAGGUCCCCCAUCAUGAAACCUGUCGUACCUACAGACGUUCCCACAGUCCCUGAGCGGACGCAUCAGUUGAAUUUUUAAGUUAUUCUCCAGAUUUUUGGUUAAAGAAAAAAAAAAAACUGUAAAAGAUAGAGCUUCCAGUCAGGAAGAGAAGGAUGGAUUUUGGGCAGCUAUUCCAAGAACUGUGUACCUUAGGAUGCUAUACAAAAUGACGUUAUUUCCAAGUGAAAGACAGAAACUCAAACUUUUAAUACAUCGAUCCAACAACU